AUGCUUCCACGACGGAGCUGGUUCGGAGUCUGCAUUGCUCUGUACGUGCACCUGUGGCGAUCUCACCGGAAGAUUGUGGACAAAUUUGAAGGGGCGUCUUACGAGGAGCUGGCAGCACCACUGCUGGAUGCCACCAGGUACACCUUGCAAGCAACGCCGGCUGCAGAGCGAAAAAUAAGUGCAAUGGCCACGCCACCGAGCUGGUCUGGCAAAACGGCAGUGCUCAUGCAUGAUGCGCGGUUGAGGAUCGAAACGUGGUCCAUGGUGUGGUCCGUGCUCCGUGAAAGCGGACAUCGAAUAGUGGCCGCCGACUUGCCUGGUCAUGGGAGCAGUGACUUGACGGCUGGGUCGCUGGAGAUGGAAUCGCUUUGCCAGGACAUCGUGCGAGUUUUGGAUUUCUUUGACGUACGUGACGGUGCUCUUGUCGGACAUGGUGUCGGUGGCUUCAUUGCCAUCCAAUACUUGCUGAAUAAUCCCAAGCAUGCCAAGACGAGGCUCCCGCAUGGAUUUGUUUGCAUUGCGUGUUCUGCAGGCAACUUUCAGGAGACUGUCGGCCAUGACUUGCUGAGGCAGUUGUCGAAAUUGUUUGCAGUGGUUCGCUUGCCAGAAAUUGUCUCCUAUUUCGAUUUGUUCGGGGAGGUCUCGAUAUCCAAGCGGCUUGGUGCCAAUGCCUCCUUUGCAGCCGUGCGGGUUGCCUUAGAGGCAAGCCGAGCUGCAGCCAGCGAGUGGGCACUUCGAAACCUCAGCGACAUGCAGUGGAACUUCGAUUUGCAUCCACACAUUCCGGCCCUGACAUUGCCUAGUGCUGUACUUCUCAGCUCCGAUGAUGAGCGGGUACCGCGCCCGACUGCAUUGAAAGAUUGCUUCGAAGCCUCGGGAUCCUUGCGCGCAUUCAAGCUCUUACAAGAUGCAGGCCAUUUCCUGCCGCUGACGAGGGCUGACGAGGUUUCACAGAUUGUGGCAACGGCACUCUCUGGCUAG